AUGAACACCAGCGCGGAAGGAGUGGGCGCUCUUGCGUGGGCCGAUGCGGAUCAGGUGCGGCUCAUGGAGGAGAAGUGCAUCCUCGUCGAUGAGAAGGACCAGGUGAUCGGUUCUGCCACCAAGAAGGAGUGCCACCUGAACAGCUCCAUCCGGAACGGCAUGCUGCACCAGGGCAAGCUGUUGCUGCAGCAGCGCUCGGACAAGAAGAUCACCUUCCCCUCGCACUGGACCAACACCUGCUGCUCCCACCCCGUCUACUACGUCGACCCCACCGACACCGAGAAGAAGGUGGGCAUUCCCGACGAUUGGGAGCUGGAGAAGGAGGGCAACAUGGGCGUCCUGCGAGCGGCGCAGCGGAAGCUGUGGCACGAGCUGGGCAUCGUGUCGGCCGACGUGCCCCUCGACAAGUUCAACUUCAUCACCCGAAUUCACUACAAGUCGCUCGACGGCUCCGCCGACGGCAUCUGGGGUGAACACGAGAUCGACUACAUCUUGUUCAUCACGGCCAACACGACGGUGGUGCCGCGGGAGAACGAGGUGUCCGACUACCGCUACGUGACCAAGGAGGAGCUGCAGGAGCUGAUGGCGACGUCGGAGGAGAAGGGCCUCAAGAUCACGCCCUGGUUCAAGCUCAUCGUCGAGAACUUCAUCUACAAGUGGUGGGACGCCUGGCUCGCCGGCCGCAUCGAGGACCACUUCGACCGCGACUCCAUCCACAAGCUCAUCAAGGAGUAA